UACUAUGGACACACUCCAUGAGCCCCACCUCUAAGCCACACUACAGCAGAGAGUCAAAAGUUCAGAAGGGUAAAGUCCCAGAUACGGUAGCACAUUAGUCACUAUAAAGGACUCUAACUCACUACAACUAACUUACUACAACUUCAAGACUCACAGCAUCUACUGAAGAGCAAGACAAUAUCAUCAACACUAAGAUUUAAACAACACUGAAGUCAAGGUCUGCUUCCUUCAGAGGCUAUUAGAAGGAAGUGACUGAUUUCAUUACAAAAUGGCUUCUGGUUCAUCUUUCCGAGAGGAGGAUCUCUCCUGUCCUGUGUGCCGUGACAUCUUCAAGAAUCCCGUUCUAGUGCCGUGUGGCCACAGUUUCUGUGAAACCUGUCUGCGGGAAACUUGGAAACAAAGGGAAUGUCCGGUCUGCAGGAGAAAAUGUUCCAAAGACUGGUAUCCUCCUAACCUUUCUCUAGAGAGCCUGUGUGAGGCCUUCUCACAGUCACAUACAGGUAGUCAGAAAUCAACAAGCAAGAUAAGCUCUGCACUCUGCGGUCUGCAUGGAGAGACACUGGAUCUGGAGGACAAACAGCCUGUCUGUUUGGUGUGGCAGGAUACAAGACAACGUAACCACAAACCGCUAGCUGAGGCUGUACAGGAUCAUAAGGAGGAGCUCCAGACUGCCCUGAAGCCCUUACAGGCGAAACUGGAAGUCUGUAAUAAAGUUAAACUAAGGUGUGAUCAAACAGCUUGGCAUAUUAAGAACCAGGCCCAGAACACAGAGAGGCAGAUUAAGGAAGAGUUUCAGAAGCUUCACCGGUUUCUACGAGAGGAGGAGGAGGCCAGUAUAGCGACACUGAGGGAGGAAGAGGAGCAGAAGAGUCAGACGAUGAAGGAGAAGAUUGAAGAGAUGAACAGACAGAACUACAAGGCCACAGUGAAAAGGUCCUGUGAUUCUGGACCCAAACACCGCUUACCGAUAUUUUGUCCUGUCUGAGGAUCUGACCAGUCUAAGAUUCUGUGCGAGUCAGCAGCUUCCUGACAACCCAGAGAGGUUUGAUUACAAUGCAUUGGUCCUGGGCUCCGAGGGCUUUAACUCAGGGACACACAGCUGGGACGUUGAGGUUGGGGACAGCACAGUCUGGUCCGUGGGUGUCGUACAAGAGUCUGCCCAGAGGAAGGGAAACAUGAAGCCUGAAAGGUGGAUUGUGUAUUAUAGUGGAGGUAAAUACAGAGCAUGCCCCACAUCAGGGCCAGGUGUUCCCAUCACAAUGAGACCAAAACCCCAGAGGAUCAGAGUGCUGCUGGACAGGGACCGAGGACAGCUGUCAUUCUCUGACCCUGAUAAUAACACAAACCUGCACACAUUCACACACACCUUUACUGAGCAAGUCUUUCCAGCCGUGGGUCACGUCUCUAAAGUUCACCGUCUGAGGAUCGUACCAGGGAAGAUCUCUAUAAAGAUGGAGUACUCUCAAAAACGUCUGUAGAGUCCGAACGGUUCGGCUUACAAACUAUUAUGACGCCUCUAUGGAAAGAUGAGACUCUCAUGAACAUGUACAUGUCGGUUGUUUUCCUCACAAGACUCAUCUAAAGGUCCCCCUGUAGAAGUUUUUGUUUUAAUUAUGGAAGUACAAUGCCUUCGGAAGUAUUCAGACCCCUUGACUUCUUCUAUAUUUUGAUACGUUACAGCCUUACUCUAAAGUCAAUUUAAUAAAUAAAAAUUCUCAAUUCUCUAGGGAACAAACUUCCUUAGGAAUGUUUUGGGAAACUAUCUGUUAUUCAAUGUGUUUCUAUGGGCUAAUAGCUGUAAGGUCUAUCUGUUAUUAGCAGUAAGGACUAUCUAUUGUUCCACGUAGUGAAUCUGUUAUUCAAUGUGUUUUAAUUGGCUAAUAGCAUUAAAGGCCAAGUUCAAAUUUUUCAUCAAAUAUAUAUUUUUUUAAAUGUUUUCUUUUGAUACUUCAAGGAGUCUUAAAAUUCUAAAUGAAAUAAAACACCGACCGGUGACGUUUCAACUAACCCUAACUUAUCUACGUAGGGUUAAGGUUAGAGCUAGUGUUAUAGGGUUAGUUGAAAUGUUACUGAAUGUUACUGAUAGUCUGUAAAUAGUCUUCAUCUACAAGAUGGCCCUAUGAAAAUUGAAAGUGUUGACCCCUAUUUACUGGGGUUGAACCAAUGCAUUUUCAUGUAGUAGCUAUUUUGGUAAUAAACAGUCAUACAUUCUA